AUGGCAUUUUCCAUGCACAGUCACUCGGGACAAUUUUGUCCUGGUCACGCAAAAGAUACCUUGGAACAAGUGAUCCAAACCGCCAUUUCCCGGGGCAUGCAAACCUUUGCAUUGACAGAACACAUGCCCCGAAAUUCCAACUCGGAUUUAUAUCCCGAAGAAGUAGAAGCCGGCGAUGAUGUCUCCAUUUUAAUACCAAGACAUGAAGCUUAUCUGAUGGAAGCGAUUCGUCUUCGGAAGAAAUAUCAGAAUGAACUUAAUAUCCUCAUCGGGUUUGAAGGAGAAUGGAUUCGUUCGGAUUAUGGACCUUUGAUCCAACAUCUUGCAUCGAAUCCUACCAUAGAUUUUUUUAUCGGCUCGAUACAUCAUGUGAAUGAGGUACCGAUCGAUUACGAUGCUGCGUGGUAUGCAAAAGCUGUGGAGAAAUCGGGGGGUUCGGAAGAGAAAUUGUAUGCGGAUUAUUAUGAACAGCAGUAUGAGAUGUUGUGUGCGUUGAAACCGAAGGUGGUGGGACAUUUUGAUUUGAUUAGGUUGUUGAGUGAGAAGCCAGAUAGGCAUUUGAAAGAGUGGAAGAGGAUUUGGGGGAUGGUUUUGAGGAAUUUGGGGGAGGUGGUGAGGUAUGGGGGUUUGUUGGAAAUUAAUACUAGUGCGUUGAGAAAGGGACUAAAGGAACCAUAUCCGGGAAGACAGAUUUGCGAGGCCUAUAUAAACCUGGGUGGAAAAUUUACAAUGUCUGACGAUAGCCAUGGUAUUGGUCAUGUUGGGACGAAUUUUGUUAGAGCGAUAGAGUAUUUGGAGUCUCUCGGGAUCAAGGAAGUCUUUACGUUUGAGCGGAAUAAUACGGCGGACUCGAAUGAGACCGUGAAGUCUUUGAGCUUGAAGAGUGUGCCUUUGUCUAGUGUAAAGGAGACUUUCAUCCCGGGAUGA